AUGGAUAGAAGCAUUUUUCAGCCUGCUCGUCCAGUGGUCAAGGAAGAGCAUCGUAGCGAAGAACCUUCAGGAUGGCAAAACAAGAAUUCGGAUAGAGCUUCUAGCCCGCCAGUACCACCAGAACUUUUUCCGAAUCGUCCUCAUCUACUUUGGGACUUUUUGGACGUGCCGGAUGGGACUUUGGAUUGGACGGCUCCGUUACAGGCUAUUCAGGAACUCAUGAAACAAACCCAAUCCCCUGUAUCACGGCACUACUCUUCUCCUCCUCCUCCUGAUCCAAGUGACUCGUUAGAUCGUGUUCUCUCACCGGACCAGAUUCUUCACCUGAGAGCAAUAUUUGAACAAAAUUAUUUACCAUGGCUCAAUUUUUCGCCCAUUCGUGAGGUCCAUAGUCCCCUUCUUGAUCUCGUAUACUGUACCAUCGCUUCUCGUCACCUUGACGAUAGAACACGGGCUGAGGUUGCUCCUAGGCUGCAAUCAUUAACUGCGGAGAAUGUUGCCAGAAUGAUCCUUCAGUCUCGUCGUUCGGAGACCUUAGAGUCAAUUCAGUGUCUUCUUAUUCUAUCACUUUGGGCACCGGUCUGCGGCGUGGAUGAAGAUUCUCGUGACGGUCGUCUCCUCGUCGCAUCAGCGGUAACUAUGGCGCAUAACAUGCGUCUGAAUGAAGCUUGCCAGGUAGCUGCUAGAUUGCAGAGCAAGCGAGAGAAAGGAGAAGAUGUGCAUGACCAGGAAUUAUUUGAGGCGAUGAACAAAACUCGUCUGUGGAUGGCUCUUACGAAUGUAGAAUCCUUACUGUGUACUGGCAGCGGACGCAAUCCGCUUUCGAAACGAUGUCCAGCGUAUCUGACGAUAUUUCCGGCAUCACGCUUUCCAGUAGAUAUCGCUUCAGGACGAGAUCUUCGUCUAAAACUCUUAGCGGAGCUUUUCGACAUCACUGAAGCUGGUUUAUCGAUCCGCCUUCAAUCCCUAUCUGAAACCGAUGUCAACCACUGGCACGAUAGAUUUGUUCAUGUCCUAUCUGACCUUAGUCGCGUCGCACGCGUCUUGUUGCCUUUGCCUGUGGUCAGCGACUUCGAAACAUUCUACUUCCAGAUGCUCAACAUUCUCGUCCAUACGUGUCGACUCUUGAUCCUUUACCAGACUUUCCUCAGCGCUCGAGAGUAUUUUGUUCGUACUGGGAACGACACGAAUCCCAGGUGGUUCCAGGAAGUUCACCCACAUGGUCUUCCUAUCCUUAUUCAAUGGGGGCGGGAGACUAUGGCGGUGGCGGAAUCGAUCCUUGUCCAGGUGCUCGAAAUGGAUUACAGGUUGCUAGGAACUUCGCCCGACUACAUUUUCAACAUGAUUGCCUUCUCCGCCAGUUACGUUCUCGGCUCCAAGUUCCUUGUCCUACAGACUCUGGGGGUCGAUUUACCAGGUUCCAGCGAAAGGCUUCUUUCCAAAUGCAUCGCACGGCUACACCAAUGCUGUUAUUCUCCUGACUCUGCUGCUAGGAAAUGCGCCGUCUUGAUUUCCGAUAUGUUGACGUUAUGGGAGAACAAGCUGGCCACAAUCUGUGCAGAUAAAACCUGUUCGUCGUCGAGGGAACAUAGUCGUGUAUCCUACCCUUCUUCUCACUACAACUCCCGGGGCAACCAUGCACAGCAGGCUGGUACCCCCAAUAGCAGUUCCAGUCGGCAUUCAUCCCCCCAGUCGUCGUCCUACGUCCCGGAAACGCCUCAUUUCCCUCAGCAACCUCGAGGUCACUGGGGGUCGAUGAUGAACGGCGACGUGAACUGGUAUGGGCCAGAGGACUUUAAGGAUUCCGUCUUGGUUUCCAACGACUUCGGCGACUACAGUGCUGAUUACGGAGGCAUGCCGAAUCCGAUCUACCAGCAUCUAUACGUUUGA